CGGACAGUAAGAGGAAAUAUUCACGCUUUUCCGGAUUUGGAGCGGAGUCUGCGGAUGAGCAGCGAUGGGGGAAUGGACCAUACUAGAGAGGCUCUUGGAGGCUGCUGUCCAGCAGCACUCCACUAUGAUCGGAAGGAUCCUGCUCACUGUGGUGGUGAUCUUCCGGAUCCUAAUCGUAGCUAUAGUGGGAGAGACAGUGUAUGAUGAUGAGCAGACCAUGUUUGUCUGUAACGCCUUACAGCCGGGCUGCAACCAGGCAUGCUACGACAAAGCGUUCCCCAUAUCUCACAUCAGAUAUUGGGUGUUCCAGAUCAUAAUGGUCUGUACGCCGAGUUUGUGCUUCAUCACGUACUCGGUCCAUCAGUCGGCCAAGCAAAAGGAGCGACGUUACUCAACAGCCACCGUCCUGCUCACACUGGAUAAUAAGGAGCAGGAUUCCCUAAAACGAGAGGAGGCCAAGAACCAAAAGAUCAAGAACACCAUCAUGAACGGAGUACUGCAGAACACGGAGAACACCACCAAAGAAGCCGAGCCCGACUGUCUGGAGCCCAAAGAAAUGGACAGGUCGGGCAAGAAACCGGCCAAGUCCAAAAUGCGGCGGCAGGAGGGCAUUUCCAGGUUUUACAUCAUUCAGGUGGUAUUUAGAAACGCUCUGGAAAUUGGCUUUCUGGUGGGCCAAUAUUUCUUGUACGGAUUCAACGUGCCCGCCGUGUACGAGUGUGAUCGAUACCCGUGCAUCAAGGAGGUGGAGUGCUACGUCUCCAGACCAACGGAGAAAACCGUGUUUCUCGUCUUCAUGUUCGCGGUCAGUGGCUUUUGCGUGGUCCUCAAUCUAGCCGAGCUCAAUCACUUGGGCUGGAGGAAGAUCAAAGCGGCUGUGAGGGGCGUGAGGGCCCGCAGGAAGUCCAUCUAUGAGAUACGGAACAAGGAUUUGCCCAGGAUGAGUAUGCCCAAUUUCGGCCGCACUCAGUCCAGUGACUCCGCCUACGUGUAACGGGUGUGUAACGAGAACCCGAAGUCCGCGCGCCGCCGAGUUCGAGACCGUGGACGAGUCCAGUCGCCACGUAAGGUUCAUGAAUUGGAAGAACACGGGGUAGGACUUUUUUGUUACUGUUUUAAAGACUCCAUUGGAAACUAUGGACGACAAACACGUUUGUAAAGCAGUUCACUACUGUAUGAUGCAACUUUUUAUGCAACGUUUGUACUCUGAGACGUACACACAGUGCAAAUGCUGAUACCUGAAUGCGUAUAGCCUCUCUGUAAGCUGCGGUGACACUUGACAUGACACUGUCCUGUUGCACACAAUGCAUGCUAUAUGAUUUAUUACAGUAAAGCGGCUCCACGACAAUUGCUGUGCCAUGAGCAAUGACAUGUGAUGAGUAACCGAACAAGCUGCUCUCCUGUACUUGAAGGGAGUAAAUGCGUCUUGCACUAAAAAGUGAAGUGAUGCUGACGUAAUAUCGCACAUCGAGAGUCUCGACACACCAUUCAUGUACCAAACACUUUCGUUUCUGCUAUGGUUUCUUUCUUUUUGGUUGCCUGUACUGCACCAUUGACCUUAACGUAGGCUAUGUGAUGAGCUCCAUUGCAAAUUUUAUUUCGUGUGUGUGUGUGUGUGAGCGGGGUGAAUUUGCUGCAAACGCUUAAAGUCUGUGAUGAUUUUCUUUUUUUAACACCUAAGCGCCCUCUGCUUUCGUGAAGGUAUUUUUUUUCGCGUUUAAGUGUAAUCAAGUGCCAUACUUGCAUACAAAUAUAUGCAUAUAUACAUAUAAAAUAUAUUCUGAAGAAUAUAACCAUACCCAUUAAGCAGAUGUAUUGCUUUAAUUAUGCUUCAUGCGUCUAGACUUGCUUUAGCUCUAUUCGUUGUAAAUGAACUGAAAAUGGCAUAAUGCAUACUUCUUUCUAUUUCAAUUCGAAAAAUGGCCAGAUGGACAUAAAGCGCUGGUCUUUUCUACACAGGACAGCUAUCUUUUCUUGCUAACAAAUGACACAACAAUGUUUCAGCAGUGUUUUGUGCUCUGGUGUUGGUUUUUCAGUUCCAGCAAUAUCUGUAAGCCGAAUAGUUUGUUUUAGGAUUCAUGUACUAUUAAAGCCCAUGCCUGCUCUAUCUCUUCCACUCUCGAUGACAAUGCAAGUGUGUUUAAACAGGUGUGUGCUUUCAUUAUAAACUGGUUUAAGGCCUUGUUCAGAAACAAUUUCUGGUGCAUUAUUGUUUAUUGUCUGAUCAUUAGGAUGUCAUUUUGCUUCUCCUCUUUGAAUGGUCCUUUAUGGUUAUGCCACCAUAUAUUUAUGACAAGCAAAUGUGUGCACAGAGAGACCUUUUCUGCAUUUCUGAGCUUGAAGGGAAAGUAUUGCAUGUUUAAGAACUUAUAUUCAAGAGAAUCUGGACAAUUUUAGGGGAUGAAAUCUAUGCGGCAUUUGCUCUAGUAUUGAUAUGUCACCCCAGCCCCUGUAUAGAUUAAGAACUGACACAUCUUGAAGGUCACCAAGGAUAAAAAACUGUUUGUGACAGACGGUCUCGGAUCAAACCUGACAUGACGACCCUGGGGAAGACGGACAUUUGGUGUCAUGAGAGGGGUGGGCGGUGGGGAUGGGAACAAAAUGGCUUGGCUGUACAGUGCAAUCUUCCCUUUUCUCUCAGUAAUUCCUCUUUCUUUGGAUAAGCAUUCCAGGGCUUCUGAGAUUUUUACACUUUAGUGGUCCUUACUGAGAAACAAAAGACCAGAGCCGAAAGACUCUACUGGACCUGACAGAGCAAAGCUUUAAUAAAACAUGAACUGGUAUCUCUCUUGCCUUAUAUGUACUGCAGUUUCCCCUCCCUCCCUCCCUCCCUCCCUCCCUCACUAUCUCACAUUCUCUUGUGCAUUUUCUGCAAGAGCUGACCUGGUGUUUUUACAGCUCCACAUAAAUGACAAAAUGAUUGGGUUAUGUAUGAAUGUAAUUCUGCAUGGUCUGAUGUGUCAUACAUCAUGUGAGAGGUCAGGCGAUGUGGUCACAUUCACGUGUGCUGCAAACUCACAGAUGGAGAGACUCUUGAGAUGCACUGUGCACGCCGAGAUGUCUCCACUGCUGUUAAAACCAGCAAAAAAAUGUCUUGUUUGCAGGCCUGAAGUGACCAAAUGCGUUAGCAUGGGAUGCCAUUACUGCAAGUACACAAAUCAAGAGAUCUGUAGGUUUUUUUUUUCCUUUUUAGGAGGCGAUUCUCCCCGGAGCUUCAUCAUCUUAUAGAAAAUGAUGGUAUGAGCGUGUAAUGUCACAGUAACCCAUAUACAUUGUAAUUUUAUUCUGAUCAAUUUGCACAUUGAUAAAAAGGGCCUUGCAUGAAGUGAACGCAGAAAAUGCCGGGCUGUUCCUUUCUGUGCCUCCAGGCUUGUGGUUUUGAGGAUGGUACAUGUGUAAACUGAAUGAAAUUAAGAUGGAUGAUAUACUGUGAAUUAAAUCCACUUCUUAACAAGGA